GUGUUUGUGUGCGCGUGUGCGCGUGUGUUUGUGCGUGUGUGUUUAAUGUUUGUGUAAGUGUUCCUUUGCUCGUCGGCGUGCCUCUCAUCCUCCGCAUGCCUCUCCGAGCGCCACGCAGCUUCACAUGACAUCAAUCCGGAGCAGUGGGGAUAGUGAUCUCAUUACCGACGGCCUGUUGCUGAUUAAAACCUGCCGUCUGCACCCUCUUCCUUCACCGCUGCUUUUAUUUUCUCUCUCCUCCGCGUUGUCCUGGCCCCUCAGCCCCUCGACUCCGGAGUCGCACCAUUCUGCGGUUUCUCCGCUGCCUGCUGCCAAAAAAGGGCCCCAUUUCGAGCUCUGCACAAAGUUCUGAGCUCCGUGUUUUUUCUCCUCCGUUCGUCCUUCCUCCUCCUCCUCCUCCUCCUCCUCCGACGGGACGGUACCUGCGGGCUGCGGCGGAGCCCCUCCUCGCGCACCCCCCCUCACCGCUUUUACACCCGCUGACACCGAACUAAAUUGAGGAUUAAAGUGUGUGUGUACGCGUCUGAAUGUGUGUGCGUGCAUCAACGUGUGGACACACGCGCAGGAACGGACGGGCUGUUGUCGCCCUCAGGAUUCACAGUCAGAAACGCACAGACGAUCCUUUCACACUCAGACGUUACGCGCCGGCUCCUCGAUGAGCCUUUAAUUGAAGCAGGAGCACAAGUAGAGGCUUUUACUUUAGUAGUCAUAUAAUGGUUAUGUGUUUGUUUUUUUCUAUUUUCCAAUAUAAUAAUUCUAUUUUAAUUAAAUUCAAAUGAAAAUGAAUUAAAAAACUCAUUUUGCAAGUGGAAUGACCUGUAGUUGUUUUAUAGGUGCGGAAAUGAAACAGUUGAGGGAAACUGUUCAAAGCCUUUACUGUGUGUUACUUACUUUUUCCAUGAACACUCUCCACAGUCUUAAAAGCAAAAUUUAAACAUAAACGUCUUACAGAUUUGAUGGAACGUAUAGGUCCUGGUUUAUUCCUCCCUGUGCUGGUCAGUUUAUAAGCUUGUUUCUCGAGCUUUACGCCGCUUUCUUCAGACAUGGACUGUGAAGUGUGACUUUUCUGAGCGGGUUUUUUAUGGUAGGCGACGCAGACAGGAGGCGGCAGGUAGCCUCGCCCCGCGGGCCCCGCCGGCCACAGCCCAUGGGGUCAAACGUGUCUCGGGAAAAUGUUUCCACGGCAGAAAGCGGCCGGGUCGCUUUGCUUAGGAAAAUCCUGUAGGAGGAAAAUCAAUUUAAGCACGCGGAAAUAGUCCGAUGUGCUUCUGAGGCUAGAAGAUGGAAAACAGCUCAUGGUCACCAACGUAUGCAGCGGGCUUUGAAUGAUUUCCACAGACGACACAUAUACCAGAGCCCUGCAGUGUAUGACACAUAUAGGAGAGCUUUACUUGCAUUUGGUGAAUACUGUUCAUAUAUUUGACGUAAAAGUAAUUGUUUCUAUUGUCCUGACGCAUAUUGAUGCUGAGAGGCUGUAUCACUUUCCCAUCAGGGAAAUGUAGUCCCAAUAAAGCACUAAGUGGCCCCUGACUGGCCCCCAGCCCCUUGACUCCCACUCUGAGCGGCCCCCGUCCCAAACGCAGGGCUUCUGUAAACACGGCGCCGGAGCCCAGGGCUGACACUGAUAUCCCCCAAGGUGUGCAGCCCCCCCCCGCAGCACGUGUGUUCACGCGUUAAUGAGCGCUUCGUCACUGCAGAGUGCGUCCGCGCACGCGCGCGCUCCUAUCUUUGGACACUGAGCCGGGACCGAGCGCAUUUAGAGACUCAAAACAAACAGCGGCAGAGCUGAAAGCCAACAAAAGGGUGUUGACUGACAGUACAGUGCAGAAGGAGCGGAGGUAGAGAGAGGCCGAACAAAGGGAGAGAGAGAGAGGGGGGAGCAGGCGAGGGGGGUGGGCGGCGAGUUGAAACCCAAGCUGUGUGGACCCUGUUUUCCCUUCCUUCGGGCAUUCUGUGGCUGGUGAAAAAUGUGCUGUAUAUUUGAAGUGUCGGAUCACGUGACAGAGGCAGGGUUUGUGAAUCAAAGUACACAAUGAUUUCAGGAGAGAAAGAGGGUGUAUACUAGUGAGUGAGAGAGAGAGAGAGAGAGAGAGAGAGAGAGGGAGGUGGAAUGCAACAGGCUGAGCUCUAUCGCCGCUUGGAGAGCGACUUCUGACCAACAAACACCACUUCUCGGCUCCUCGGCGCAGCUUCUCCCCGACCGACCCUCGCUCCGCGCCGCGCCGCACCGCACCGCGAGGCGUUCACAUACCAGCGCUGACCCCCCCCCCCUCGCUCUACUCAGGCCCCUCCCGGGCCGGAUGGCACCGGCCCGCUUCGCGCUCGCCACAGAAGACACCUGACGGGAGACGCGGGCGCCGCCAAUGUCGAGGGAGGCAGACAGGAGUCAGGCCAGCAGCUGCGCAUUCAGGAUGGCGGCCAACAGGGAGCACCACAUCCGCCACGUGGCCGGCUUCCCGCGCGCCAUGUACCCCUUCGCCUUCAACCCCAUGAGGAGCCACUCCCCCUUCGACCUGCUGGCCAGCAGCCACCUGUUCGGCCAGUUUGGAGCUGACCUUCCCAAAGAGAUGGCUGCGCUGUCGGAGUCUCACUUAGACUGAGUGAAGUAUCCAAUAAGCUCCAGGAGGGAAGAUAAGUGAAUCCAUUUGGACCCAGUUGAAGGAACGGAUGAGAUGAAGUACAGCAGAAAAAAGGAAGGAACUGACUAAAACUUUAAGUCAUAGAUGAAGAUGGACCAUCAGCAUAAAGUAACAAGAAAUAAAUAAUUCAUUAACUCGUGCAUUAAUUUGUCUCCCUUACACAUCCUCAUAUUAUUUAAAAGCUGGUGCAUCCGUCACGAUUUUCGUUUUCCUCUCCUAAAUUCCUAGAAACUUCCUGGUAAUUUUACAGAAUUCCUGAAUUCCAGAAGUACCUGAUUAGCAGUUGGCUAAAUAUAUGUGUUCAAUUGUUAUUAGCUCAGCUGCAAAUGUUAAACUUGAAGUACACUGCAUUCAUUCGUUUGGUUUAACAUUGAUCUGCUGUAUUUGGGCCACACUCUCUUCUGUUGUGGCACCAAAUGCAACCUAAUGCUGAAAAACGCCAGAACUAAGGAGCAGUGGACGAGAGCGGGGCGUGAUUUUAUUUGCAGAAUAUGAAAUAUGAAGAAGUGAGCUGAAAAAGUUGAAGGAGACAAAAGGGGCUGUUUUGCUGCGCGGCCAAUGGGAGAGCGGGUCCACUCGGCCCCGGGCCGGCGUCCCGCCCUCUCCCCACCUCCUGGCUCUGCACUGGGAGAGCCUGCAGAUAGCAGUGUCUGUGCUGGAGAGUGAGGGAGAUCAGUUACAGCACACGAGCGAGCGAGCUGGAAAAGUAGACACGAACGGCAGUCGGAGGAAGCUCUCUGCACGGACGCUUUAGAGGCGCGUGGAGCGAGCAGGACGCCGAGUCGCAGGAAGCUCUCUCUCUCCCGGCGCCUGUGUGAGCCCAGCUGCAGGACUGUGGCCGCAGCAUGUUCGACUGCAUGGAGGCCCUGGGGCUGGGCCCCCGGCCCCUCUUUGAUGUGCCCGGACAGGGCUCCUGCAUGCUGGGGAAGACCGGCCCGUACUUCACCGGCCUGGACCCCUUCGCCUGGGCCGGCACCGGUAGCAUUCAGUCGGUCGAGACGCAGAGCACCAGCUCCGAGGAGAUGGUGCCCAGCUCCCCUUCGCCUCCCCCGCCCCCUCGGGUCUACAAGCCGUGCUUCGUGUGCCAGGACAAGUCGUCGGGUUAUCACUACGGCGUGAGCUCCUGCGAGGGAUGCAAGGGCUUCUUUCGCCGCAGCAUCCAGAAGAACAUGGUUUACACCUGCCACCGGGACAAGAACUGUCAGAUCAACAAGGUGACCCGCAACCGCUGCCAGUACUGCCGCCUGCAGAAGUGCUUCGAGGUCGGCAUGUCCAAGGAGGCCGUGCGUAACGACCGCAACAAGAAGAAGAAGGACGUGAAGGAGGAGGCGGCGGCGCCGGAGAGCUACGAGCUGAGCGGCGAGCUGGAGGAGCUGGUCAGCAAAGUCAGCCGGGCUCACCAGGAGACGUUCCCGUCGCUGUGCCAGCUGGGCAAGUACACCACGAACUCCAGCGCCGACCACAGGAUACAGCUGGACCUGGGCCUGUGGGACAAGUUCAGCGAGCUCUCCACCAAGUGCAUCAUAAAGAUUGUGGAGUUUGCCAAGAGGCUGCCGGGCUUCACCACGCUCACCAUCGCCGACCAGAUCACCCUGCUCAAAUCUGCCUGCCUGGACAUCCUGAUGCUGAGGAUCUGCACUCGUUACACCCCAGAGCAGGACACGAUGACCUUCUCCGACGGCCUGACUCUCAACCGGACGCAGAUGCACAACGCCGGCUUCGGGCCGCUCACGGACCUGGUGUUCGCGUUCGCGGGUCAGCUGCUGCCGUUGGAGAUGGACGACACGGAGACAGGGCUCCUCAGUGCCAUCUGCCUGAUCUGUGGAGAUCGUAUGGACCUGGAGGAGCCAGAGAAGGUGGACAAGCUGCAGGAGCCUCUGCUGGAGGCGCUGAAGAUCUACACCCGCCGCCGGCGCCCCAACAAACCCCACAUGUUUCCCCGUAUGCUGAUGAAAGUCACAGACCUACGAGGAAUCAGCACCAAAGGAGCAGAAAGAGCCAUCACGCUGAAGAUGGAGAUCCCCGGGCCCAUGCCGCCGCUCAUCCGGGAGAUGCUGGAGAACCCCGAUGCCUUCGAGGACAAAACCGAGUCGGGAGACGGCGCCGCCGCAGCCGCUCCCCCCACCGCUCCCGCCGCUCCCCCCACCGCUCCCGCCGCCGUCAAGCAGGAGGAGAAAGCCGCGGACGAGUCGGCCGUGGAGGAGGAGGAGGAGGAGGAGGAAGACGACUACUGGGACGAGGAGAAGGAGAAAGGGGCGGACAGUGACGGGGAGGUGUGGGGGGAGGCGGCGGCGGCGGCGGCCAUGCAGGUCAAAGGUGGGAGUGGGAAAACGCAGUGAGAGCGGAGCGCCUCCCGCCGCAUCGCCGAGCUCAGCAAUAUCAGGAAAACCUCACUCACCCAGUUAGGCUCUUCGACGACAGCGGUGCCGCAAGCACCACAUACUGUAAUGCUGUACAGAGACUGGACCGCGUCGCGCAUAGGACGACCCGGGACAAGCAGAAGCACUAAGCGUCAGUGGGCUGAGGCGAACAGCACCAGAAUCACUGCGCCAAAACAAAACGGAAAAGCAAUUUCAAGCGUGGGUCCACGCGGAGCGGACGCCUCUGCUUCCUAUAAGGGCUUUGCUUCGUAUGAACAGAUGGUGGACCUGCAUCUGCCACAAAUAUCUUCUCAAACUCUAUGUUAUUGCUAUUCAGAGAUUCGCUACUUAUUUUUUUAUCGUGUUUUUUUUCUCUAAGCAUGUUCUUGCAUCGGCGUUUUGUACAUAAUUCAAUCCGUUUCGACUGGACUCGCGUGUUUGUGACCUCUCCCUGAAUUCAUGCGCUUCUGCCCCUGACGUAGAACACGAAGCAGGGCAAGAACAGAGAGAGAGCAGCUGCAGAGCAGAGCAGGCCUCGCAGGAAGGCGACCUGACAGGAGGGAGGGUGGGAGACGGUCACGUUCCGAACAGAAACGCAUCUCAGCACUGCUCGUCAGACGUGACGCCGCAAAACGAACCCGUGGGGUAAAAGCUACGUCAUCUCAGGGUGAUUCUGCGAGGAAACGUGGGCUGUGCAGCUCCAUGAUGCUCGAGUACGCGCAGGUACAGAUAAGCCAUAAGACUUUGUACAGGUGAAGAAACACAAUCUGCCAAACAGACGAGAUCCUUAAAAGCAGUUUACUCCACAGAGAACCUCAGGAGUGUGUGUGUGUGUGUGUGUGUGUGUGUGUGUGCGUGCGUGUGUGCGUGUGUGUAACUGAGAGCUUUUGACCAACACAAAGAUGUGAUGAUUUUGUCACUGCACCCUGUCUGUUGUGUCUGUUUGUAAAAAAAAGAAGAUCCUGUUAAACUGACGUAGACGUAGAAACAGCAGAAUGUGUGCGAAUGUGUUGAAUCGCUCACUAUGAACUUUGACGCUUCAAGGACGUGGACGGUUUAGCUGAUUGAUGGUCAGACAUGGGUCUAAGAAGCUGAAUUUUAUCAGUGAGCAUUAAAUUGGGAGUUUUCAUUGUCUGAUGUGAGGGAGGUAAACAUGCAGUGUCUUACUUUAAACACGCACACACACACACACACACGCACGCACGCACGCACACACACACGCACACACACACACACACACACACGCACGCACGCACGCACGCACGCACACACACACGCACACACACACACAGACAGACAGAUCAUUUUGCACAUCCUCAGCCAACUUUGCAUGUUACUUAGUAUUUAAACAUCUCUGCUUCACAUAAUCAUGUUAUUUUAGGCUUUUCCUGUUACUUUUACCUUGUGUUUUUGAGCUGGUGCAAUAAAAAGCCAUGAAUCGGCCCCAGUGGCCUCAGCUCUACACAUCAGCAUGUAAAUAAAAAGACCAAAGACAGACGUCACAUUGCAUUUGGACUGAAACUAAGGAGGAGGAAGUCAGGAAUAAAAACGGUUGGGGGUCGUAGUUUUAAAAGAUGCGGACCUUGUGUCACUUGUUACUUUUGUUGUUGUUUUUAUUUGCUGUUUAUCUCGUCUUACUUUCCUUCUAUAUAUUCGAGCUCUGCAGUGUGAAGGUAAUUUGACUUCAUUCAGGGAAUUCAGGACGUCAUGAGUUCUGCCUGACCUUUUUAACAAAAUAGCUCUGAUGCGCACAUGCACACACACACACACACACACACACACACACACACACACACACACACACACACACACACACACACACACACACACACACUUUUUUUCACUUCAUUUUUACAGCUCGUCCAUAUUUUGUUUGCUCUUUGUUGCUUAUGUUUGCUGGCUUGUUGUUUGUUGUUGUCUUUCAUGUAUUUUGAUAAACAUAUUUUUAUUCUCAGA